GUCUGAAGUAAGGCGUAUCCGGAUUGAAUGAUUCAGGUUGUCUCCGGUGAAGGGUGAUCUUCGAUUUAAGUGGAAGAGGGUGAAUUAGAAGAUGGGAGACAAGGACCUGGAAUAUACUAUUGUGUUCCCUGAUGCCAGUGAUUCAGGCUUUAAGGAAGACCCUGUGGUAAUUCUGUUGGGUUGGGCUGGCUGUCAAGACAAGCACUUAUCAAAAUACAGCUAUAUCUACAAACAUCAGGGUUGUAUAGUUCUCAGAUAUAUUGCUCCAUGGCAGCAGAUAUUUUUCAGUGGAAUCUUCAGCAAAAAUCUCCAACGCACAGCAAGAAAACUGUUAGAUCUCCUGUUUGACAUUGGCAUAGAAGGGCAUCCAAUAUUGUUCCAUGUUUUCAGUAAUGCUGGAUGCAUGCUGUACCGCCACAUAGUUGAACUCCAAUGUAACAAAACUGAAACUUAUUUCACUAAGUUACGAGUAGUUGGAAUCAUUUUUGAUAGUGCACCUGGAAACAGAAAUCUCCAGGGUAGUAUCCGAGCACUUAACACUGUCUUGGAUUCUUCAACCAAUGUUAUUGUAAAGUGCAUUGCAAUUCCUGUUUUUGUUUUGAUGGUAUUACUUCAGGUUAUGCUUUAUCCAGUAACACAAUUUGUCUCCCUGCCAUUCUAUGAUGCAUUGAAGGUGGACGCAUCAAGGUGGCCUCAACUUUUUUUGUAUUCAAAAGCAGAUAAAAUUGUUUAUUACAAGGAUAUAGAGGCAAUGAUCAACACUAGAAAAAUGUUGAAUAUUCAGGUGCAAUCUGUAGAUUUUGAAACAUCACAGCAUGUUAACCACUUUCGAGAAUUCCCUGAUAAGUAUUCUAACUUCUGCUUAAAUUUCCUCAAAGAAUGCAUUCAGAAAACACCUUAUCUAAAUUAUUUGACAAAAAAAAACAUUUAAUACAAUGAUCAAGGUGGGAGUCAAACACAACAAUUGUGAAGAGGAAGAAACAGUCAGUACCUUCCUAUUUGUUGUUUAAUGAGUCCUACCAGAAAAUGUGCAUGAGUUUUGGGUGACCAAUAGUAUUAAGCUUAACCAAAUUUUACCCUUCAUCAUUGAAUAACCUGUUACAGUGUUUGUCUCAGCUCAUAUGAGAAAUGGCUACUUCAAGUGAAAUUUGAAGGCUGACCCACCCAACAUUUUAGCACCUUCAAUGUCAGGAAUUAGGUCGUUUUAAACAUUUCCAAGUACCUCAGACAGGAUGUUUCUUAAAGAUUUUUUUUUCAAUAAUGUUUGGAGAUUUUGCACACACAAAAUUGGAAAACCAGCAAUAGUCACAAAAGCCGAAUUUCAUUUGUAAUUUUUGUUCUGGAAAUAUCAAUCAAUCAUUAUCUCUAAGUUAUUUGUAUAAUAGAGGUAAAAACAUCAUAUCUAACACUUUUUUUUCCUGAAGAAGGACUCCUGCCCGAAACGUCGAUUCUCCUGCUCCUUGGAUGCUGCCUGACCUGCUGCGCUUUUCCAGCACCACAUUUUCAUAUCUAACAUUCUUGUCUGGCAAAAAAAUGUAUUAACAGAGCAAUAUUAUUUUGAAUGGUUUACAGAAAUUGAAGAAUUUUCAAAUUGAUUUUCUGGACAUGAGCAUUGCUGACAAGGCCAGAACUUAUUGUCCAUGAUUGUUAUGGGAAGGUGGUGGUGGUCUUCCUAAACUGUUGUAGUUCAUGUGUUUUACCUUCUUGACAAUGCUAUAAGUUAGGGAGUUCAAGAAUGAAGGACUUGAAUAUUUUCAUUCCUCAUGACUUUCCUUGAAAUAUGCUCCUUUGGUUGUGUUUUUCAUCACCUAUCCAAAUAUCUCUAUCUAAUUUGGUACUGAGCUACAUACUGCUGUGAAAAGCCUUUGUUCAUUUUAGUGUACAAAAUGCUUUUUAAUUGCAGGUUAUCAAUGUUGCUUUGCUUCUGGAUAAGUUGGCUGAAAACCUGUCAUCCAGAACUUGGUGCCAUUGUAGCCAUGCAAGCAAGUAAAGUUUAUAAGCCUCUCCAACCCAUAAGGUAGUCUUGCACUGGAUCUCUGUUUCAGUUCCUCAAGUUGUUCUUUAGUCUGCAGGUUUUAAAAAGUAUACUUCGUUUUUAGGUUUUAUUUGUUGUGGAUUUUUAUUUUACCACUUUGAGCUGCUACUGGUGUCAACUUAUGGUAUUGAAAUUGAGUUUAUUAUCUUCUUAACUCUUAUUUGCAGUUAGUUGGCAUGUCCCUGAUCUGGCCUUUUGAAUAUUUCUAAUUUUAAUCAGAAUUUGAAAGUUCAGCAGUGUCACAUGAUUUUUGUCUGCACUUCUUUCUACUGCAUUCCAUAACACACAGACUGGUUUCAGCUUUAGUAUCUUUCAUUCAAGGAAAGGAUCCAUAGAAUUCUUAAGUUUUAUGGCACAAUUGGUAUGUUAAUGAUGUAAGAAAAACUCUCUCUUGUCUUUUUGAAUUUACUGUGACUUGGACAAGAUGAAUUAAUAGGCUUUUCCUGUUUCUUUUUCUGUAAUACAUGAAUCCAUCCUUUUUCUGUCAUUCUUUUUCCUGAUUCUUUCUCAAGGAGACACUGAUACAGUGGUAGUAUCACUAAACAAGUAUUCCAAUGGCCCCGAUUUAAUGCCUUGGGGGACAAGGAUUCAAAUUCCACCUCAACAGUUAGUAGAAUUUAAAUGCACUUAAUAAAAAGAAUUGUUAGAUCUGAAACAUUAACUCUGUCUCCAUGGGUGCUGUCAGAGCUGCUGUGUUUCUGUAGUUUCAGGAGAUUUAAAAAAAAACUUACCAUCAUUUUUCAUAUAUCCUUCAGGGAAGGAAAUCUGCCGUCCUUACCUUGUCUGGUCUACAUGUGACUACAGGUGGCAUUGAGGCCAUAACUUGAUCAGUGGGAUCUUAUUGAGUGGUGGGCAGAUUAAAGGUUCAAAUGGCCAACUCCUGCUUUGAAUUCAUAAACAAAGUAAAUGAAGAUUGUGAAAUAUAUCAAUGCACUUGUAUUUUGACUUAAUGUAUCCAUUAACGUUUUCAUGUACUAACUGUCUCAAGAGUGUUUAUAGAUAAGUACUUUUAUGUUUCUCUCUAAAUAAAAUGAUUCCUGUCUAAAAUAAAGGUUAUAGAGUCAUACAGUACAGAAACAGACCCUUCAGCCCAUUCAUCUGUGCCAAUGAGAUAUCCCAAUCUAACCCAGUCGCAUUUGCCCCGUAUCCCUUUAAACCCUUCCUAUUUAUAAACCAUUCCAGAUAUCUUCAAAUUAUGUAAUUCUACCUACCCCACCAGUUCCUCAUUCCAUACACGCAUCACCCUCUGAAAAAGUUACUUCUCUGGUCCUUUUUAAAUCUUUUCCCCUCUCACCUAAAACCUAUGCCCUCUAGUUUUAGAGUCCCUAUCCAUGCCCAUCAUGAUUUUAUAAACUUGUACAAGGUCACCCCAGAGCCUCCACUCCAGGGGGAAAAAACAGCCCAGCUCUUCAGCCUUUCCCAACAACAUAAACUCUCCAGUCUCAGCGACAUCCUUGUAAAUGUUUUCUGUGCCUUAGAUUUAACAACAUCCUUCCAAUAGAAGGAUGGCCAGAAUUGCACACAGUAUUCUAAAAAUGACCUCACCAAUGUCCUGUACACUGCAACAUGAUAUCCCAACUCCUAUACUCUAUCCUGCUGAGCAAUGAUGGCAAGCACGCCAAACACUGCCUUUACCACAUGAGUCCACUUUGAAGGAACUAUGCACCUGCAUCCCUAAGUUUCUGUUCGGCAACAAUCCCCAGGAUCCUACCAUUAAGUGUUUAAGUCCUGCUGAGAAUGUGUAUAGGGUAUAAGCAGGCAGGGAAAAGUUAAGUUCUGAGUUUUGUGAAACUGGAAGUUCAGCUGAGCAUGACUCAGAUCAGACAAGCACUUGCAGUUAACAAUGGGGUGCUAGAGGUAAGGGUAAUGGGUUAACAAGGUGGAAAAACAUUCAUUAUGUAGAGCCAUUUAACAAUAUGGGAAGCAUUCAGUAUGUAUAUAUGUAAGAUCAGCUUAACAAGGUGAAAGGUAUUCAUUAUAUAAAGCCAGUUAUCCAUUGUGUAACAGCAGAUGGCUUAAUCUCUCCUAUUGACACUUGCUGAUUGUAACGGUCACCCAAUUAUUAUGUAUGUUGCCUUAACUGGAUGCUCAUCCCUGUAAAAUGACUAUAUAAUUCAUUAAGAAACUGCUAUUCCAGAGAAGACUGAACUCCUGUCUCUGUGUACAUGGGUGAUUGUUUCUCUCCCUCUAGGACCUGGAGUAAAGAUGAAGGAGGUAAAACUAUACUGUCACUGACCAUUUUUGCUUCGGGUGGGGGUGGAAAUGGGAUGACAUUGCCCUACUUUGCCUUACCAAAAUGCAACACCUCACAUUUAUCUAAAUUAAACUCCAUCUGCCAUUCCUAGCCCCAUUAGCACAUCUGAUCAAGGUCCUGGUGUACUCUUGAGAUUUUUUUCCAUUGACCACUACACCACCUAUUUUGGUGUAAUCUGCAAACUUUGUAACUAUGUCACCUAUAUUCACAUCAAAAUAAUUGAUAUAAAUGAUGAACAGCAGUGAACCCAGCACCAAUCCUUGUGGCACACUGGUCCAGUCAAAAAAGCAACUGUCUACCACCAUCCCCUAUCUCCUACCUUCAAGCCAAUGUUGUAUUCAAUUGGGUAACUGCCCCGAUCCCAUUUGAUCUAAUCUAACUAACCAGUCUACCGUGCAGCACCUUGUCAAGCUGAAGUCUAUCGACAAUGUCUAUGACUCUGACUUUGUUUUUAAUUUAUUUUUUUUAGAUCAAUAAUGUAAAUUUCAUAAUCUACAGAAUUGCCUUUAGAUUUUUUUUUAAUUACUUAGUAUGGAAACAGGCCCUUCAGCCCAGCAAGUCCACACCGACCCGCCGAAGCAUAACCCAUCCAGACCCAUUCCCCUACAUUUACCCCUUCACCUAACACUACGGGCAAUUUAGCAUGGCCAAUUCACCUAACCUGCACAUUUUUGGACUGUGGGAGGAAACCAGAGCACCUGGAGGAAACCCAUGCAGACACUGGGAGAAUGUGCAAACUCCACACACAGUUGCCUGAGGUGGGAAUUGAGCCCAGGUCUGUGGUGCUGUGGGGCAGCAGUGCUAACCACUGUGCCACCGUGCUGUAUUUAAAGUGUUUACUUGACCACCAUCAGACAAAGGCCUAGAACUGGAUUUGAUAUUUUUGCCCAGAACUUUGAUUCUAUUGGCUGAACUUUCAUUGUGCUGAACUUUCAUUUAUCAGGAUAUACCUGUGCCAUUUGGUCAACCUUUUAACAUUUGCUGCUCAAAU